UUGAGCACCACCAAUUUUACUUUCACUUGCAAGUGAGCAUUUGUUCGGUGUGCUUUUCGCCAUUACUUUCAUACUCACUCGUCAUUUUUUUAUUUCGAUCAGAUUUCUUUUUUGGCAAUUGGACAUUUGAUUUCGAAUUUUUUCGAUUUGAUUCUUGUUUGUUUUUCUUUUGCUAUAAAAAUUACCGAUUAAUUGAAAAUCUAAAAUAUGACCGGUACUCGGGUCUAUGUUGGACGUAUAUCAUAUGAUGUACGUGAGCGUGACAUUGAAAAAUUCUUUAAAGGCUAUGGUCGUAUUCGUGAAAUCCUUUUGAAAGAUGGAUUCGCAUUUGUCGAAUUCGAUGAUCAUCGUGAUGCCGAAGAUGCAGUUUAUGAAUUGAAUGGCAAAGAUAUGCUUGGUGAACGUGUUAAUGUUGAAUUUGCUCGCGGUAAUGGCCGUGGCCGUGGUGGACGAUUCGGUGGCCGAUCUUUUUAUGGCAGUCGAUUUUCAUCACGUAAUGGUGGUGGUGGUGGAUCAAAUUAUAAUGAAAACCGUUAUGGACCUCCACGCAACACUGAAUAUCGUGUAAUUGUCGAAAAUCUAAGCAGUCGUGUGAGCUGGCAGGAUCUUAAAGAUUUUAUGCGACAAGCUGGUGAAGUAACUUAUGCUGAUGCUCAUAAACGAGAAAAAAAUAUGGGGAUUGUUGACUUUGCUACCUAUUCUGAUAUGAAAACAGCUAUCGAAAAAUUGGAUGGGCAAGAUUUGCAUGGUAGACGUAUCCGUUUGCACGAAGAUAAAUCACGACGUCGUCGUUCACGUUCGCGAUCACAUUCUCCACGACGUGGCCGCUCACGUAGCCGUUCCCGUUCGCGAUCGCCAAGAAGUCGAUCACGAUCUAAAUCUGAAUCUGAUCGUUCAAAAUCUCGAUCUAAAUCACCAGCGGCACGAGGCCGCUCCGGUGGUGAUGAUAGAGAUCGUUCAAAAUCGGUUGAUUCUCGACGAUCCGAAUCCAGUCGAUCACGUUCCCGUUCAAGAUCAAAAUCGCCGGUCGGACGACGUUCUGAUGCCAAUGGCAGUGGUGGCAAGAAUGGCUCAGCUUCUCGUUCUCGUUCUCGAUCAGAAUCCCCAGGCCGUGAUGGUGGUGAUCAUCGUUCACCUGGUAGUCGCGACGAUUCUCGUUCACGAUCACCUUCGGUUGAUGGUAAAGAUCAUUCAGACAACAGUCGUAACUCAAUGGAUGCUGAUUAAACUAUCUCUUUUGUCCGUUUUAUCCAUUAUCUCAUAAAAACACCCAUUCAUACAUAUUA